AGCUACGCUACUUUGUUUACAUCAAGAAAUUUUCAUUUGGCGAUUUUCAUAAUGACUGAUUUUGUUGAGCAAAGAUAUUGUAUUAAAUUUUGUUUGCGGAAUGAAAUUUCUGGUGCGGAAACGUUCAGAAUGUUGCAGAAGGCCUUCGGUAAACAGGCCAUGUCGCAAAAAAAUACUUUCAAAUGGCAUAAAUUGUUCAAAGAAGGCAGAGAACGCGUUGAAGACGAAGAUCGCUCGGGACGACCAUCAACAUCAACUGAUGAGGAACACGUCAAGGAAAUCAAAGAUCUUGUGCUGAAAAAUCGUCGAUUGACAAUCAGAGACCUUGUAGAUAUUACUGGCAUUUCAUUUGGAUCAAUUCAAACAAUUUUGAAAGAUCAUUUAGGUCUCCGUCGUUGUGCAGCUCGAUUGGUACCAAAAACAUUGAAUUUAUUCGAAAAAGAGCGUCGUGUUAAUGUGUGUCAAGAAAUGAUUUCAGACUCAUAUCGUUCAUCAACCUGCAUAUUCGCCCGAUUUGGCACCGUGUGA